GCUGCCACGUACAUCUGAUCGGAGGUGUGUGCGCUCGGGAAAUUUGACGCCGAACUGUGAUAAAAGGGGCUGUCUUUUUCGAGUUGCUGACAUGGUGACAGUGCGAAGUUAGUCGGUCUGUAUCCAUGAGCACCACUUUGUACACCCUCGAUGAUAGUUUUUGCCGUCGCGGCCGCCGGCGGCUCGCAUUGAACCAUGUUCAGCAAAAAACUUCACGUAGACGUCAAAAAGUCAACACUGAAGAUUCAGGAUGUUAAAAAGGAUAGCGCGACUCGGUUCAAGCAUCUUAAAAUUGUACUAGAAAAUGUGGAUACUGAUGAAGCAAAGGGGUUUUUUGAAGGCAACUUCAGUCAUGUCUAUUUUAUUCUGUAUGAUUGUUUUGUAUCAGCUGAAACAAAUCUGCGACAACGAGAACUUUCCUUCCACAUUGUGCAUAAAGCACACAGAGAGGAAUUGGAACAGGUGUUGCAACUCUUGGAAAAAGUCUUAACACUUCUCCCUGAGCUUCUUAAUAGAAGAUGGCAAUGUCAUAGUCUAGCAAGGAUUUUACAAAAGCUUUUACAUCCUGGUAAUAGUUGGAAACUCAGAAGAGAAGCUAUAAGAUACUUUAUUUUGUGGUAUCAAGCACUUGGUGAAAAUGCUCCUGAUCACAUUCACCAAAUGUUUGCAAGCUUGAUACCAGGAUUUCCACCGCAACAACCAUCUCCUUAUAAGUCUGAACGUAAGAUAGAUGGAAAGAAAGAUAAACUUGUCAAAGUUAUUGGUUGUGAUGAUAAAGAUAAGAAGGAAUUUUAUGAUACACAGUUGUCACAAAGUACUUUUCAUGAUAAUGGUUCAAAUCAGUGUCCUGUCACUCCAGUUGACAGUGGACCUAUUUUACCCCCACAAAGUGGGGAAAAGCCUCUUGAUAAUGAGACUGUUCGAUUUUUAGAAGCAUUACUUGAAUUUAUGGUUACUCAGGUUGUAAAGAUAGAAUGGAGAGAUAAAUCUUCAAGACAGCACAAGACUUUUCAAUUUUUAUUAGAACGUUUUAAAACUACGUAUCUUCGUCAUAUUUGUCCUGAGUUUGAUGAAAAUUUUUCGUUGUACAAACCGAAUUUGGAGUUGCCUACGAUGCGAAAACCAACGAAUCAGAGUCAGGAUAAUUAUGUAUUAUGUAAAGUUGCUUUGAUUAAGUGGAUCGCUAGUUUUACCCAUAUUGCUAGAAAAGAUGCUCGUGUCGCACAUCUUUCGCAUAGCACAACUCCAAAUGAAGAAAAUACGGAACCAGAGCUUCGUCGAGUUUCCGUUACACAAAAUAGUGCUGACUCAACUUUAUUAUCUCCCGAAUCAACUGUGUCUCAACAAGAGAAUCAAAAUCAAGAAGAUAGUAGUGUUUCAGCAGUUACUCUUGUUAGGGAUGUUUUGUAUGGAAACAGGGAUAACGUAAAUUUCGUACACGAGCUAUACAGACAAGCAUUUUUGUUAGACUUUAAUCAUGCUGGCGCUAUAAGAAAAGCUAUAGCUGUUUAUAAAGAUUGGAUCCAAAUGAAUGAAUUACCACCAUUCAUGUUAGAACCAUUGGAUAGUCAUAAGGAAAGGGAUUUCGAAGAAUAUCCGAAAAAAGAUCUAAAUGAUAUCGAUAAAAGUCCUUCGGAAAGUUAUCGUCAAACAAGAUUGAGAAAUGAUUCUUACCUCGGUGCUAUACACAGAGAAAAUUUAUUUAUAAGAGCAGGGCUACAAAAUGUUUUGCAAGUGUUCAUUACACAAGCUUCCAACGUCUUCUUCUUAGAGAAUUCUGGACCGAAUGCAUCUUUAUCAUUACUGGAAGAACAGACCGAUAGUUGCAAAAGAGUUUUGAAUGUAUAUCGAUAUGUUGUAAUGAAUUCUCGAUUAGAACCCGGUACUUGGGAACAGUUGCUUAGAGUAUUACUACAAAUAACAUCACUUGUUUUAAAUGAAAAAUCUUCUCGGCGCAAGAUUCAAGAAAGCAUUGGCGGUAAACUUGCUCCUGCCAUAUUUCAGACUUUAAUCGUUACAUGGAUUAAAGCUAAUUUAAAUGUUGUUAUUUCUACACAAUUAUGGGAUCAGUUCCUGGAAGUGUUGACAUCUUUAACACAGUGGGAAGAGUUAAUUCGAGAAUGGGCGAAAACACUGGAUACUUUAACAAGGGUGCUUGCCAGGCAUGUGUAUAAUUUGGAUUUAAAUGAUUUGCCAUUAGAUAGAUUGAGUGAACAAAAAACUAAAAAGCGUCGUGGUGUUGGAAGCCGGGCUGCUUCAACCGGAAGUGUUCAACCACCACGCAAAGGAAGUGUCGAUCAAGAUAAUAAUACCGUAUCUAAAGAAAAUGUUUCAGACCACCCGAUGCGAGAUUUAAGGAAGGUACGACCACUUCCUCGUAGUGCAAGCGAUAACACGAUAUACAAUGGAAAAGCACGUACAAAACUUCAUAGAAAUCGCACACAUACUGUACACAGUGGUAUACCUGUACUCCCCCUAUCGAUAGAGCAAGAUAUGGCACGACUACUGUCAAACGGUACUACUUCGUCGUCGACAACUGGUCGGAAAAUGUUACCGAACAGGCGUGCUAAAUCUUUGGAUAGCAUUGUAAUAGUCGAUAGCGAACCACCAUCACCACGUUGUCCUUCUCCAACACCGAGCAGCGGAGUCGACAGUAACAAAGACAGUCCGAUACAGAUAGAAAACAUUGACGGCAGUAGUAUCGAUACGAAUGAUGCAUCAGAAAGGAGAUCUGUUAUGGCAGGUGGUGGAGUUCGCGGAUGGUUACCCGACGUUGCGGUCGUAUUAUGGCGUCGUAUGUUAUCAGCAUUAGGGGAUGUAAAUAAUAUUCAAGACCCUACCCUUCAUGGACAAGUUAUGGAUUACCUUGUUCAGCUUACACAAACACUUCUGAAAAUUCGCUUGAAUCAAGGUGUGUCUGGUGACAACCAAGCGACUCCUCCAGCUCCAGAACUUAUACCUCCACUUACAGUCAUUGCUCCAUGGUGUUUCAAGGCAAUACAACUUCCUAGUCAAUAUGAAGUUGGCAAAUUGGCAGCAUACCGUUUGAUCUGUCUUCUAACAGUUCAACCACAAGAUAUUAAUUUGCCAAAACAGCAUUUAACUCUUUUUUAUCGUGCGGUUCAUAGCGGUAUCGUUAGUAAUGAUAACAAAGUGUUACAUGUAUUGGUCAAGUAUACUGGUCCUAGGUUGUUCAGUUUGAAUCUUCCUGGAUCUAGUCUUUUAAUCUUGGAUUAUAUUCAUGCUGCUAAUGUAAUAUUGAGCAAUCAGGAUAUUCAGGCACCAAGAACUGAGGCUGUUUCGAUUAUCGGAUCGUUACUAUCUUUACCAGCUACUACAGUUAAAUUACCUGUAUUGCAACCUACUGCGAACGAUAUCGUAACCAUGACAUGUCCAGAUGCAAAGGAACAUAUAAUUAUGAUACUUUUGAGAAGUUGUAGACGCGAACCAACCGGCAUUGCAAGAUGCGUAGCUGUUUCCAGUAUUGCUAUGUUUGUAUACAGAGAAUUGUGCUACAAAAAUCAACAUCCACGAAUCCCAGAAGCUGUUACGGUUCUUCUUUUAGCACUUAAAGCCACUCAUGCUACUGUUGCUCAAGUGGCAUGCGAUUCUCUUUUGUUGUUAUGUGAUAAAGCAGAUAUUCUGCUAGAGCUGUAUCCAAAUGUGCCAUGUAAAAUAAUUCAAAUUUUAUCGGAAACACUUGGAUAUAUGAGCACUCGAGAAAGACGCGGUCCUUUGACAAUAUCAAUGUUAUUUUGUUUGGGCGAAUGGGCUAUGCACCUUGGUCCUUCCGUUCUAUUACGCGUUUUUCAAGGAAAACCUUUGUUAAUGACUUUAUUUACGGUUUUGGAUAACAUAGUACAAGAUACAAUCGAUAAAGAUGUAUCACAAACAAAUAAAAGUCAUGAGGAUGAAGAUGAUGAUUUUGAUCCUGAUAUUACUUUAGAUAACUUAGCUGACGAUAUUUGCGCAAAAUCACCCCGUCGAGGCAAUACUCAAUCCGUUCAGUUAGCAGCAAAGAUGGUAAUGAUGCAUUUAAUAAAUCAUUUGGGACAUUUUCCAAUGGGUAUUGGAGCUGCACGUUUAUCUUCGUUAGUUGUUGAAUUAGAUGAUGUACCAGGAAUCGAUGGGGAUGAGCUAUCUUCUGCAAUUUUUCAUGCACCAAAUAUACAAUUGUUGAUGUUGUCAAAUUCCGUAAUAAUGUCACUUGUUGAAUUGGCAGCAUUAGAUGCACCCGGCGGAGGUGUUACAGCUGGAUUAACAACAGCGCCAUCAUUAGUCAGGGUAUUAUUGCGAGAUUUAGCAGGGAAAGCAUCCUGGGAUAGCUCUAUUUUAUACAGUCAACCGUUUGUUGAAGACGAUGUGCCGAUUGCAUUUACAAAACAUGUUGAAUGGAAAGCAAAAGUACAUGGAGACGAUUUGAGCAGUGUUAUAACAUCUCAAACAUGUACACCUCGACAUACGAUAAGACAUCGUGAGCCACAUAUAUUGCCUACAUUUGCAAAUGCCGCAAGUGAUAUGGACAAUUUAGAUGAUCUCUUACAAUACAUAGGACAUACAAGUCCGGAAGUAUUAACUAAUCCAGAAAUUGCACUUAAUGCGCCUGCUAAUCCACCACAAGGUCAAUAUCUUGAGAGUGAAACCAUUGCCACAAUUCUCAACCAGAGAAACGCUGAGCAAGAGCAUAUCAAUAAUUGGAGUCAGCACAUUAGCAUGUGUGCGUCAGCAAUAAGCCCACCAUCGUGUCGUCCACCUCCAGCACCGUUUCAUCACUGCCGUCUUUUGUUUUCGCACUUGGGUUUAUCCGGUUGGGAACAACGUAGAAAAUUGCAUUUAUUAUCCAAAAACGAAAAACUUUUACGCGAAUUACGAAAUCUCGAUAGUCAACGAUCUAGAGAAACGCAUAAAAUAGCCGUAAUUUAUGUCAGUCAGGGACAAGAAGACAAAAACUCCAUAUUAAGUAAUGUCACUGCUAGCAAAGAAUAUGAAAGCUUUAUUGCUAGAUUGGCUUGGGAGGUCGAACUUGAAUCACAUACAGGCUUUCUUGGAGGUCUUGUACCUGGAAAAGCAUCUGGUGUUACAGCACCUUAUUUUGCAACAUCUUUCACUGAAAUCCUUUUUCAUGUAGCAACAAGAAUGCCUUCUGAUAGUCCCGAAAGUUUGUUGCAAAAAACACGGCAUCUCGGUAACGAUGAGAUUCACAUAGUUUGGUCAGAACAUUGGAGAGAUUAUCGUCGGGAUAUUAUACCAACUGAAUUUUGUGAUGUUUUAAUAGUAAUUUAUCCGUUACAUAAUAAAUUAUAUAGAAUCCAAAUUUCUCGAAAACCAGAAAUUCCGUUCUUUGGACCCUUGUUUGAUGAGUGUAUCGUUGAAGAUAAAGUUUUACCUGGGUUAGUGAGGACAACAGCAUUGGCAGCAAGUAGGGCAAAACGAUCAACACUUACAUUAUAUCAACAUUAUUAUGAAGAGAGAGCGAGGUCUAUCGAUACUGUUAUGAGGAAUCACAAGGAAGCUACUACAUUUGAAGAAUUUACAGCCAAUGUAUAUUCACCAGUACAGCCGCCAAGUCCGUUUAGUGGGACUUCUUCAGUAUCUGGAUCUACAACAAGCGUGCAAUCCACAGCAUCGUCAAACCUCGCAGCAGCGCUUAUAGAUUCACAUCAGGGCCGAUCGGGACUGCGAAGUUCUUCGGCAGCGAGCAGUGAUAACCGCGCGAAUAGAGUCUUACACAAUCUAUUCAGAGUUUCUGAUGGAAGCAGGGUAUGGUUUAGUAAUGAUACUCCAGAAAGCACAGCACUUCAUGGAAUAUCUCCCAGACCCGUAAAAAAGAUGUCGUUCAAAACUGGACCGAAACAGAGAGCAAACACUCAACCCACGCCUCCAGAUAGUCCAAGAUAUAAAUAAGAAGUUUUGUACUAAUACCAUAAAGAAAAAAACAUUUUUUGCACAAAUGGUUGUUUGGGCAUAUCCUAGAUAUUAUUAUCUAAAAGAAUUCUUUAAGAUGCUAUAUGUUACAAUAACAUAAAAUAACUAGCCCACAAUUUCUGUGCAUUGAAAGGUAGUAGAUGCAUAAGCGAUGUAAUGGUAGAUUCAAUGAUCCACCAUCUUUAAAAUGAAGAAAACAAUUUUUAAACAGUGGGCGUCAAAUAUCCGAUUAGUCUUAGCGUUUUCUGUUUUCCGUCCUUAGGUUUAAUUUUUAUAUUAAAUGUACAGAUCGUUGUUUAUUUGUUGCAACGUGAAUAUUAAUUUAUUGGAACGUAAAUAUAUGAGAAGAUUUAACGGAUCAUAGGUAAUACAAUAGUAACUAAAUAUUUGUUAUAUACACUAGAGUCACAUGACAGCUAUUUUCAUUGUACAGUACUUUCUUAAGAUCAGUUUAUCCUUGUACUUGAAUAGGUAAGCUUAAAUAAUUAAUAUCGAUUAAAGCUUCUAUCUUAAUUUAUUUCAAAGAUAAUGAGCUCCUCGAUGUUAUAUAUAUAUACAUGCCUUCAUAAAAAGAAUUAUUUUAUUUCUUGUAAUGUAAUGAGGUGAUAAAAGGACGAACAUGAUUACCAUAAUCACAGGACGCGUCUAUAUGAGUGUUGAAAUAAGAAUCAAAUGUUAUUUUUUAACAGCAAAGUUUUACUAAUCAAUGUCAUGUCUCUUAGAUACUGUAAUAAGUUAUAACUUCAUUCGUUUGAUGUUGGUCCGAUUUCGGCUUGCAUUGUCGAAGGACAAUAAUUUAAUGGAGUCUUUUAAAAAAUCUGUUCAUUCGUUACAUUCCAUACAAAUAAUCGUUUCUAUAUGGUAUUCAUUGUCCAUAAUUUGAAUGAAAUUUUCAAUAUGUCUCCAUGGAUGGUUAAAGCAUUCCACAUACGUUUUGUGUAAUCAAAUUUGACAACCAGAGCUCUUCUUGUAACACAUCAAACACACAAGAGAAUUGUCUAAGAUGAAUGAAACGUAGAAUGAAAAUUCACAUGAAUAGUUUUUGUUGUCAUACCAUAGGUACACAUACUUGGUGCUUUACAAUACGUAAAAUAGAAGUAUUUUAAAUACUGUGUCAAAACGUGUUAUUUCUGAGUAACAAUAAUAAAACUGAAAGAAUAUUUGAAAAGAUAAAACAGAAGAGAAUUGAAAUGAAAUGAAAUUGAGAAAAGUAUUGGAAGUAUACAGAGCAAAAGCAGAAUGUGAAUUUGUUUGCUUCAGAAAGAAUUCAUCUUGUACACAGUGAUAAUAAUCAAAGUAUUAAUACCAUUCGUCGCAAUUGAAUAUAUAAACGGAAUUUUAGGAGAGAAAUUAUAUUAUAUUGUGGUGAAUAUAUUCAAUAUGGUAUUCAGGUGUUGAGAUUGUAAUAAAUAUACAUUUCGAGUUUUUUGACCAUUUUGAGGAUUAUCAGAAGAAUCGCAUUCGAAUGUGUAGGUAUUUAGCAACGAAGUUGUAGGUAAAUAAUAAUUACCGAUACGCAGACCAUGGCCAAAGCAGCAUUAUUUUUUCACUAAUUUAUAACGAAGUAGAUUGAGAGAAGAAAAGCAGUGUGUAUAUGUAUUGUACAUAAAUUGUUAAGUACGUGAAUGACGUUGGAGUCAUUGAACGGGAAAAUUAUUCUCUGCGAAACAUUGUAUCGCUAUAUUAUUGAACGAAAAAGAAUGAAAAAUAUUGGUCUAUAUAUAUGUGCGUAUUAUACAUAUAUAUACAUACAUACAAAGAAGAGGGAAAAAAUGAACUUAUUACAGUCUUGCGUAAGAAUGCUUUUACAAAUCGUAUUUAAACAUUGUACUUAAUUAACUAUCUUUAUUAGUAUCAUUAUAACAAUCGCUCGCUAUUAUUUAUGUUACAAAUAUACAAAUUGCUGUUAACAUUAUUAGCACAGCACCAAACUAUUUUUCUUACUGGAUAAUUACGCUUGUAACAUCUUCAGAAUUAAAUUUAACAAUGAUAAGCUGUGAGAAUCAUUGAAAAGAGUCAUUGAAACAUUUCCAUAAGAGAUAACAAUGCGAAUGGUUGUUCUGUUAGUAACAUUGAGAGCUUGAAUUUAUAUUACUAAAAACAAGUUAUUUUGAUCUUUCCAAUUUGUUUGUUACUUUUUCUUUUUACAAAUUGACGAUCAAAUCUAAGUCUAUGUGUAUAAAAAAAGAAAAAAAUACUAAAAAACAUUUAAAGAUAUUUAAUUGUUUACGCAAGAUAAUCUGCAUUAUACCAAUUUUACCGCAUCUCUUUACUUGUAUGAGAGUGUCUUACACUUUAUUUUUCAACUAUUUAAAAAUGGAGGAUAUGUACAAAAGGUACGAGUUUACAAUUCGUCACUUCUAUAUCGAUGUAAAACAGAGUUAAUAUAUAUAUAUCUAUAUAUAUACAUACAAUUAUUAUUUUAUACAACAUUGAGAGGAAUACUAUAUGUUACUCUCUGAUUCAAACCUUUUGCCAAAAAAUAGAAUCGCGUAGAUACUUUCUUGUUCAUGUGAAUUAAACAGCGAAGGAAAAAAAAAAAUUGCAAUUAUUUCGAAUUAUUAGUCUAACGGGGACAUCGUUGAGGUAUUUAUGGCAACUAGAAUUUUGUAGCGCCAUUUUGCGGCUCCUCGAGUAACGAAUAGAAUUUCUGAAAUUUUUCAUAAAAUUACGAUGCUGUACAAUCCUGUAUUAUGAAAUUGCAAUUCUGUAAGAACGUUUAUAGAAUUUGUAGCAAUAUAGGACAGGUAGUAAUUGAGUAGAGAAAAAAUGAAAUUAUGUAUUUGCAUUCAUAUGAACACGUUAGGCAAUCUUUUUUUUCUCGUAGAAACGUCAUUCGGAAUUGUCUUAAUGCGUUAUUCCCCUGUAACUGAAAUUCGUUAUCCAAAGAUUUCUCUGACAUCGUACUGAUUGUACACAUUUCUGCGAUGGAAUGUACAUUUUAUUGCACAAUAAAAUUAUGAUGAUUGAUUUCAA